AGUCAUCUGGAGAGACGCCGUGAGAUGGAAAGACAGACUGUGCUCAAGGAAGCAUUUCCCGGAGGAAGCAGUGGCACAUUGGUAGCCUCUGCUGAAGGAAGGGAGGUGAUGCCCAACACAGUCACAGGAGAUGAGCAUGCUAGGAAGUCUCCUCCAACACCCUUGCUUCAUGAAGAUUUGCUUCUUCUGGAGCCUGCUGCAGGUGUGUCUGCAGGGAAGAGACUUCAAGAUGCUUUGCUCAUUGCUUCAGGAAAGCCCAAGUCCCAUCACAGGGGUCUGCCAAGUGGGAGGAACAAAUCUACAAAUUUAUUCCUGAAGGCAUCCAAACACCUGGAAGAAAACCUGAGUCAUCUGGAGAGACGCCGUGAGAUGGAAAGACAGACUGUGCUCAAGGAAGCAUUUCCCGGAGGAAGCAGUGGCACAUUGGUAGCCUCUGCUGAAGGAAGGGAGGUGAUGCCCAACACAGUCACAGGAGAUGAGCAUGCUAGGAAGCCUCCUCCAGCACCCUGGCUUCAUGAAGAUUUGCUGCCUCUGGAGCCUCCUGCAGGUGUGUCUGCAGGGAAGAGACUUCAAGGGGCUUUUCUCACUCCUUCAGGCAAGCCCAGCUCCCAUCACAGGGGUCCACCAAGAGGGAGGAACAAACCUACAGAUUUGUUCAUGAGGGCAUCCAAACACCUGGAAGAAAACCAGAGUAAUCCGGAGAAACGCUAUGAUGCAGUCGGUGUCUCAAGACAUGAUAAAACUAUGUGGAAAAGGAUGAGAAGUGUUUUCUGCUGGGAAACACAUUGUUUGCUGAAGUUAAUGGCCAUUGUGGCUGGUGGGGCACUGCUCCUGAUGAUGUGUUUUGCCGGAAUCUGGUAUUGCUACAAGAGGAAACAGUGCUCCUGUGCAGAUACAGAAGAGCAGCCCAAGAGCUCAGGCAGCAACAAAUUGCCUCAUGACAGUUCUUCACGCCUGUCCCCAUGUGCUCUGCCGUGGCUAUAUCCCUGUCUGCGGUGCACCCCAGCCCCUCCAAAACGAGAACCCCUGCCCCCGAGCCCCUUGGCCCUGCUCCCCGGCCCAGGCUGAAGUUGGGCAGCCCCUGGUUUAUGUUCAAAUAAAGAAGUUGCGUUUUC